GUUGUCGGGCUAAUGUGCCGCCAGCAUCCGGAGGGCUCCGUUCCCCGUCCUCGGCUCUCCGCCGCCAAACUCUUUCCCGCACCCGGCGCGAGUCCGAGCGGCCCCCGAAGCCCCCGACAGCCGCACAGGCCGGUCGCGGCGGGGCUUGCGAAGUUAUCUUUGACUGUUGAAAGGACGUUCCAGCGAUGCAGGGUGACCAGUCUCGGGAGGCUGCCGAAGAACGAGCAUCUUCAGCUGAUGUCCAAGGAGAUGAAUCAAAAGAUGCUUCAGACACAGCACCAAAUAUCUCUGAUGCAGAUGCCUUAAACAUACUUCUGGAGAUGAAGAUGAAGAGGAGGCAGAAAAAGCCUAGCCUUCCAAGUACUGUGACAGAAUUGGCCACGGAGGAGGGUUCUAAAGUGUACGUGGUUGGUACCGCCCACUUCAGUGAUAGCAGCAAAAGAGAUGUAGUGAAGACCAUACAAGAAGUCCAGCCUGACGUGGUCGUGGUUGAGCUAUGCCAGUAUAGAGUUUCUAUGUUAAAAAUGGACGAGAGGACAUUACUAAAGGAAGCCAAAGAAAUCAAUCUGGAGAAACUUCAGCAAGCUAUAAAGCAGAAUGGACUCAUGUCUGGAUUAAUGCAGAUGCUUCUGCUGAAAGUGUCGGCGCACAUCACGGAGCAGCUGGGGAUGGCUCCUGGAGGAGAGUUCAGGGAGGCUUUCAAAGAGGCUGGCAAAGUUCCUUUCUGCAAGUUUCAUCUUGGUGACAGACCAAUCCCAGUUACAUUCAAGAGAGCCAUUGCUGCGCUUUCUUUCUGGCAAAAGGUCAAGCUUGCCUGGGGCCUGUGCUUCCUCUCGGACCCUAUCAGUAAAGAUGAUGUGGAAAAAUGUAAGCAAAAGGAUUUGCUGGAACAAAUGAUGGCAGAAAUGAUCGGCGAGUUUCCGGACCUUCAUCGGACAAUUGUCUCGGAAAGAGAUAUUUACUUGACUUACAUGCUGAAGCAAGCAGCAAAGCGAACAGAACUACCUCGUAUUUCCGAAGCUGAACCUAGAAGAUGUGUCCCUUCCGUUGUAGUUGGAGUGGUUGGCAUGGGUCACGUGCCUGGAAUCGAAAAGAACUGGAAUACUCACUUGAACAUCCAGGAAAUAAUGAGUGUGCCUCCUCCCUCAACUGCAAGUAAGAUCCUCAAGUUCGUCAUAAAGACCACGGUAUUUGGACUGGUGGGCUAUGGCUGCUACAGGAUAGGACAAAGGACAGUGCAGUUUAUUCUCUCCAUGCCUGUUGCACAGAGCUAUCUUCAGAAACUGGCGGACAUUAAUCCCCGGCAUUGAUUCGGACUCUCUACAAGAAGUUGGGGCAAAGAAAAACGUGUGUAGAAGUAGACUGGAAAAGACCAAAUGAAGGGUUUCUGUCCCAAUGUCUCAUUUGUUACUGAGUUACAGUGUAACCAAAUGGAUUGACAUUAAAAGUGACACAAGCUGUGACCAAAAUGAAUAAGCUGUCAUCUACCACUGCGAUAAAAUGUGCGGCAGAAAAGAAGUAGAAGCCGCAGUAAGGUACCUGAUAUAUGUGCACAUGCAAAUAUCAGUGUAUGUAAAUGACGUAAUUUAUGAAUAUUACAAUACAGAGAUAAUAAUAAUGGGUCUAAUAUUGUUAGACACAGUCCACUGGGAACUUUCCAUAUGCAAGUGCCAUUGAAAUGAAAAACUUACGCAAGAGUGCAGCCAUCUAUUUCAGUGAGCUUGCUGGUGGAUUGUGCCCUUUGAUAUAUCUCGUUUCCCCAUCCUUCCCGAUACGGUAGUUAUGUUCCUGUUGGAAAGCAGGAGCCCCUAAGGUAUGUGUGUUUUCAGUAUAAAUCAUAUCAAGCUAUCCUUGGUGCUAAGCACCUAUAUAGUUAUUUGGAAGAACCUCUUCUUACAGGAUGAUUUUUAUACUUCAUAGAGCUUUUUUUUAAAAAAAAAAUACAGAAGCUUUUGAAAAUAUCAGACUCAUUGAUGAUAAACCUCAAAACAACUUUACAAGCCUUAUGGAAUAAAAAAAAGGUUUUCUUUAGUAUUGUACACAGUUGAAAUCAUCCAACCCCUUUAAAAUCCUGCCCAUUUCAGUAGGCGGCUUCCACAUAGAGGUUUUGCUCCCAGAUGGGCAUUCAAAUUGGAGUGAGGGGGGUUUUUUGGCAGUGGAAGGAAGUGUUUGUUGGGGCCUGCAGACCAUGUAAUGCCAUAAUAUAAUUGCUUUGUUAUGCUCUGUCUUGUGGCAUUUUCCCCAAGCCCGCUUUGGGAUGAUGUUUUUGGAAAGACUGCCAUCAAAGGACAUUUGUAUGUUAUGUGGACAGGGAGGUUGUCUUUUGGGUAUGACCUGCUCACAUCUACACCAUUUUCCUUGCCUCUCCUCUCCAGCGGCCACCAUUUCUCCCUGCCACCAGAGAGCUUUUUUCAGGCAGUUUGUACAGAUUGGCAAUUGGCAUAUUGUUUUAGUGCUAUGAUGUAAUAACUAUCUGCUAGCUUUUGAAUUCCCAGUGUUGAUUAAAAACAAACACGUAAACUUCUAUCCCUUUUUGUUGCGGAGAUAUGCCUUCCCCAUAAUAUCUCCCAACAAAAGGGGCUAAAGACUUUUCUCUUAAAUGAAAUCUGGGAAUGUAGAGGAAUUAGUAGGUAGUAAUGUAAUACUAAAAGUAUAUCAAUUGCUGAUUUUCUUAAAGGAAAGCUUUCGGAGGGUGGUAGUAGCGGAAGGGGCCUAAAGCAAUUGCGGGGCUAAACUUUGGUGCGCAUGCUUCAUCACUUCUAUGGGAAAGUAGCUCAGAACUGCAACUCAGCAUAUUUUAAAGUGUUUCAGUUUGCCUGGAUUGGACUGUUUGUUUUUAGUUUUCCCGGCCAAUAUUUUCCUCCCCUUUUUAAGAAACAGAGGUUCUGCUGCUGACUUUUUUUAAAAUUGCAGUUGGCAUUAAUUUCACUACUACAAAACUGUUGAGACUGGAUUUCCUAUACUAAUGCUUUCUUAAAUCCCUUCCUUGAAAAAAUUAAACCUGGAACUGAUCUCUGUAGCAUUUACCUUUCAAUUUUUCUGGAUGCCAUGUAAGUCAUUUAUCACAAUUCCAGCAGAAUGUAAUAAAACACUCUUUAAAAAACCAGUGGGAUGUUACUUUAACGGUUUAAUGAAUCAAGAAUCGGGGCUUUUUAAAAAACUGUCAUGGUUUUAUAUCUGCAGAAUUAUGGGUUCUUUCAAGUUUUUUUUAACAUCUUAAAAAGCCUCUUUCUCUUUACAUAUUUUGUUGAUGUUUAUGCACCCUUUGAAUGCAUGUUACAUGUUACCAGUCCAACAGAAUAAUGUUAUAACGGUCAUGAUCACUAAGCUGUCCUUUGAAAGGCUUCUGUGGAGGGUUUUUUAAAAAAUUGCAAUUAUUCCUUGUCUAUCAAAAAGAGCAUUCUGGAACUUAAUCCUCCUUUCCCCUACUUUUGGGAAAGCAGGUUUAGGACAUGGAAAGAGAAACAGAAAGCUGAUACUGGUGAGAUCGACAACUUGAGUACACAUUUAAAAAAUCUAAAUGUAUGUCCACAUUUCCAAAGACAUCUUAUAAUACUGUUGCAGUCUAAGAAGUGUUUGUGUGCAAUCCAGCAUAAGUGCAUUUAAGUCCCAUUGAAAUCAAGGGGACACCUACAGGGCCCAAAGGAUUGUACAUGCCAUAUCAGUGCGAACUAAUAUCCCACAGAAGUUUAUUUUUCUCUCUUCGCAUCAUAUAGCAAUAGCACAGCUAUGUCUUUUUUUAAAAGUGCUGUGGUUGCCAGUUUUAACAGUUUACUAGACCUGAUUUCUAAAACUUGUUUUCUCUGGAAUUGUGUCACGCGGAUAACAUGGAACUGUGACUUGUAGCUGACAACUGGAGUACCUUUUAUCACCUGUGAGAGAAGGGGAAAUGCUAUCCUUACCACCACUGCCAGCAUGUACAGAAGCUAAACUGAACAGGACCUCUUGAAGUGAUAUGAGAAACCGUGGCAAAAGGGUGAACUACAUGUUUACAAAUCAAGAGAUCUAAAAAAGUAAAGAUUAAUUAGGCUGUACUGACAAUUACUUUGAGUUAAAAGUUGGAUGUGAAUUAGACAAUAUCAUACUUAAGCAUUUCCUUUCACCAGCUGCGAUGAUUCGAAUUCUGAUGGGUUCUUUCUUGUGGAGGUUUUAAGGAAAAAUGAUGAAAGUGUUUCUUUUAAAAAGUGAUUAUAUUGGGGUGGGUCUUAGAUAAUGGAUAGAGGGAGCCAUCAGACUAUCUUGAGUCUUACCAAAAUGUCAGAAACCUGCUAGAUCUUUUUGGGGUUUCCUGUCCACAUCUUGUAGAUUAAGUAUUUAGUCUGAAGUAUUCAUUCUCAGGAAAAAUUUUGCAGACUAUGAAAAACAGUGUACAUUGCAAACACGUGAGCCUUAAGCUUGAAUGGACUCCUGUUAAACUAUAGACUUGAGGCACGCUGACCUUUUUAUGUAUUUCAACAUGCCAAAAAAAAAAAAAACAAGAAUAAAAUGACUAUCUCGAAGCUGGCAUUUCAUCUUUA